UCUUACACUCGUUCGGAUAAUUAUUCUCUUUAAUUUUUCCUUAUGCACAAACAUCUGUUGGUACAUGUUUACACUGUGACGACUGUUUGUUUUUCUUUCUCGACCGCUAUUUUCUUCCUGAGGGUAACAGAUUGAUGAAAAUGAUCAAUGAUACAGAUUUAGCAUCACACGUUAACGCGUGGUAGACGAUGCCGUAUCAGCUCGAAAUGUCUUCGUUCAGUGUGGUGUAUACUAGACACAUAGCCUCGACUUUAACUUCAGCCGUUGGUUGAAAGUUCGAGAAUGAGAUAAAAUAUUCACAAACCACACACAGUGCAGUACAGUAGCUGUCAUAACCUAACAGUAGCAAGUGCAAGAACUCCGAAACGAAGGUAUACCUGAUUUGUUUACAUCUUGCAUUUAUCUCGCAGUGAAGUGCGUUGAAUACACAUUAAAAUCUAUAGCUACACCUUUAUCGUAUGAACAUGUACAACUGCUGUGUGCUCCAAAAUGAAGGGAUGUACAGUUUGAAGAUUAGGUGAUGUAGAAAGAUGUUCUAGAAGAAGAGAAAGCAGCUGCACAGACAUUCCUUAAAGAUUCCACGAGAGAACAGAAAGCUUGAAAGUGAUUAUACGUCUACGCACGUACACACAUAGACACAAUCAUCAAAAUAACAGGCAACAGGUGGUGCAGUGUGUUGGAGGAUGUGCUGAUUAAUUUACAAAAGGCCUGUACAAUAGGGGGUAGGGGGGACCAAUUGUGCAUCUCGCUCAAUCGCGAGUAGGUAUAAAGUACGAUUAAAAACAACAACGCCGCGUGAAUGAAGAUCAAGUGCGAGCUGGUGCGGGCAAAUCAGCAGCAGCAGCGAAUUGCUGCUGCUGCUGCCGCCGCCGCUGCUGUAGCUGCCGCUGCCACCGCUGCCAAGAAAACCACUGCAGGUGUAGGGGCUGGAGCGGGCAGCCUCGAGGGCACCGAGGAGACGAUGAAGCUCGACGUCUCGGACGUACUCUAUGACAGCUCGAGCAGCGUGUCUAACGAUAGUGCCACCUCGUCUCAGAGCUCCCGAACUAGUCAUGACUUUCUAUCCAGCAUUAGCAGCUCCUACACGCCGUCCAGUACCCUGCUCUCGUCACUGGACGGCCUGCACAGCGGCGUGCCGACGCGCACAACGCCGACCCUGACCCCGACGACGCUUCGCACGAUCGAGCAGACCUUCCUCGAGUUCACGAACGAGCCCGUGUCCCACAGCCGCGAGGCCGGCUUCGUGCCACCUCUGAUCGAGCCAUCGCAGCCCACCCCCGCCCAGACCCAAAACAGCGCCAUUCAGCACCACCACCAUCAACAACAACAACAACAACAACAACUCCAGCCGACCAACGUGCUGGUCGAGGUGCAGCAGUUGCACCAACAGCCUCAGCCACAGCCUCAGCAACAGCAACAACAGCUGCUGCAGCAACAGUCGCCACCACCACAGCCACAGGAGCAGCAGCCACAGCCCUCGAGGCGUAACAUGGGUGGGAGGAGGCCUACGAGGACCGUCGGUAUGACGCCCGAGGAGGAGGAGAGACGUCAAGUUCGCAGAGAACGCAACAAGCUGGCUGCAGCCAGAUGCCGCAAGAGGAGGAUGGACCACACCAACGCCCUACUCAUUGAAACCGAGGGCUUGGAACAGAAGAAACAGUGCUUGCAGGAGGAAAUCCAGAACUUGCAGGCGGAAAGGGACGAGCUCGAGUUCAUGCUGGAGACGCAUCGGCCGGUCUGCACCCGUCGGCAGACUUCGUCCCCGCCCGACAUCAAGCCCAUCAUCGUCCCCGACAUCGAAACCAACUCCGAGCUCCACUCCGAACAGUUCUCCGACCUGCCCUGCAACAACGGCCUCGUCAUCAAACAACUCCACCAUCAUCAGCACCAACAACAACAACAACACCACCAAAACGAUAAUGGCAACUUGUGCAACGGCGGUGGUUCGCGGCCAAACCGGCCAAACUCCCUGCCCAUGGGCUUUGUCGACGUAGCGGGCCAGCGACCCAAUUCCCUGCCCAUCUUUACCGAGCCCAAGUCCAGGCCCUCGAGCCUCCAGUUCAAAGCCGCCGAGACGCCGACUUUUAUGAAGACGAUCUCCGAAGUGGCCGGUGUGCCCAUAACCACGCCCUCGACCGGUAUACCCUUCAACUUUGAUUCCCUCAUGGAGGGCGGUACGGGGCUCACGCCGGUCUCGACGCCCCUCGUGCCCUCGUGCUCGAACCAGCAGAGGAACAACCUCAUGAGCAACAGCUCCGCGACGACCGGCAUGUCCGCCGUCGACCUUAGCUCUCCCGAUGCCAAUCCGCCCAAACUCGUGAGCUUGUGACGUCAGGUCAAACAGGCCGACGACGAGGACGUCGAUGAUGUCUACUACGAGGAAGACUACUACGACGAAGACGACGACUCGGCGCUCGUCACGUUCGAGGACAUGGAGUACGGGUCGCACGACGAUGAUCCCGAGUGAGCGCGCGCGCACUGAUUUCUCUCUCUAAUCAAACAACUCUCUAAUAUAUAAGUCCCCUCAUGCAUAUUAUUAUCAUUAUUAUUAUUAUUAUUAUUAUUAUUAUUAUUAUUAUUAUUAUUAUACGUUUAUAUUCCUGUGUAAGAGCUAUACCCUUCUUCUCACUGUAAUGAGCCGAUCGUUCUCGUUCUCGUUAGUUCAUUCUCGACAGUGGCGUCGAGCUCGAGACGUUGCCAUAUAUACAUUUGAUUUUGUACUUUUUUUUUUUUUUUUUUUUUUUUUCUGUGCACUCCUUCGUCUUGGAGCUGCAAACAGUACAUAGAAGAAGAAGGGUAUACUAUUAGGAGUUUUUUCUUAACCCGCGAAAUGAUAAUCGCGAUUGGUCGGAUAAAGAUACUCUUGCGCGAUGUAAUGUCAACUGGUGGCUGUAUCGAUGAGUCCAAAAUGCUCUUAAACUCGCUCGUCGUUGCGCCGAGAUUCCUGAAUUAUGAAUUAUUUAUCGAAGCAAUGUUCAGCGAGACUCUUCGCUACAGUUGCAAGGUGAUACAAUGUUGCGCGAUUAUAACUUUUUAGCUGCAUCGAAAAAGAAACAGCGCAGCUGUUGUAACGAAUGCUCGAUUGUUGCUUUGUUCGAUAAUAUUGCGUACCUCUUGUGUGAGAAAAAUAUUAAUAUUGUCUUUGCAAUGGCGUCAAGAUGCAACAUUGUGGACGUGUCAAUUUUUCAGUAUUGUACUUUGAAAAACGAGUAACAAGAUUGCUUUACUUGAGCAAUAAAGUUUUUUUAAAUUGUAAGAAUUAGAAAAAAAAGAAAAAAAAGACACGAAAAAAUGUCCAAGUCCUUUUCUAGUUGAGUGCAAAGUUUCUCACAGAGUUGAGAUUCAUUCGCAAAUAAAAGGAAAAAACUAUUUUGUGCUAAGUGAUAAGAAGCAAAAUAAUGAAAAAAAAAAUUUUUAAUGCAACGAAACAAAAAAAAAACAAAUCUUAAAAACGAAGUAAUUAUAUCAAGUAAGAUUUUUGUCAUUUCUUAAGAUAAGGGAGUUUUUAUAUUUUUAAACUACGUAUAUAGCACGACGAGCUAAUAAUUUUGUAAGAAAAGAUAAAUUUAGCUCAAGGUUAAUCUUAGCUGGUAAGAAACUACGAAUGAAAGUAUAAAAAUUUUGUCAAAACCGAGUGACAAAUUUGUCUUACAAAGUGCUACAAUUACUGAUUAAUAUGCAAUGUGAAAUGAACAUAAAGUUAUUUUUUAUGAGCGUAGUUUUGUUCACAAGGUUCUCACUUGUGUCGAUUUCGUCUCGUCACACACAACGCAAUCAAUGCGUUUGUAUGUCUUGACGAGUAUAACGUAUAUAACGUUUAAAUAAUCUUUUUAUAUAAUACCUUACAAACAUAUUGUUGAUGUACGAGAACUUUAAGCAUGACCUUGAGCAAUAUUAAUAUAUAUUUAACUAAUUUUUUGUGUGAUUACGUACUUGCAACACGUCGAUGUUCCCUGGAAAUAUAUAUACACAUAUAUAUUAGAUAAAAAAAAAUUACAAGAUUCGAAGAGCUUCUCAAUAGUGUCGCUAGCGAUCUCUUCUCUUUUUACUUUUGUAAUCUUACAGGGACAUCGAUUUUUGCAGUACGCUGCCUGAGAGAUUAAUGAUGAUUGUGUAAUUAAAACUGUAAGUUGCCAUGAGCGAUGCAAUAAAUUUUGUAGAAAAGUUCGAGUAGCCAAUAAAAGGCCAUGAAGUUAUUAA